CAAGUCUGGGGUUCGAGCCCUCUGAGUCGCAGUGCCUUCUCCGCUGCCUUCACGCCAGAACCAUCGGCGCAGUAGGUGUAUUGGUUUGCGAUUUUGAAGAUUGUGCAAUCCUGAUUCGGUGCAAGUCAUGGAAAUAUUGUACCCUGUCCAGACAUUACGACCUCUUUCUAUCCCGAGUACCAGUAUGAUUGAUAAUACCGAUCCUAGCAUACCAAGUGUUGCUAGCAGCCUCUGCUUGAAAGUCCGCGAGAUAUCCAAGGCUGUCGAGGAACCUCGAUCAACGCGACAUGAUGACCACCGAGCUCCAUCCUCCGUAAACUUGCUUCCACCUGAACUUCUUGGCGCGAUUUUUCAUAGCCUGGUUCUUUCGUACGCGGCUACUGAGCUCGAGGAGGAAGGGGCCCAAUGCCCAUACUCCUGGGCAUAUAUCGCUCAGGUCUGUCGCUACUGGAGAGAUGUCGCUCUGCAAAGUCCGAUACUUUGGAGUUAUAUUCUACUGGAUAAAUCCGUAAAGCCGGACACGCUUUCGGAGGCUUUGCUGCGAUCGGGACGAGUGCCCCUGUCAUUGCGGGCUUGGCUACCUGUACAAACCGAUGCAUCGCCAGAGUUUACAUCCUGCUUGAAACGGAUGUCUGAGGAACUACAUCGACUGUGGAGCAUCAAAGUACGAAUCCCUUCGCGCGAAAUUCCUAUAGUCAUGGAAUCCUUUGUCGACACCUAUCCUCUCCUUCGCAGUCUGACAGUUAGGUCAAAUCAGGUUGACCUUUUCUUUCCCGCCACACAGACGUCCUUACAGUCAGGCGUCCAAUUCCCAUCCUUACAAAGGCUGGAAUUACCAGAUUGUGUUCUUGAUCAAGUAAAUACUUUUAUUGCUGGUCAUGCAACCCUUCGCCACCUCCACAUCACACAAUUUGAGGACAUGCCGUCCAUGCACGCCUUUCUAGUCGCAUUGGCAUCUGUUCCCCUCCUUGAAACCCUUAAGCUUACACCAGGACCUGCCGGUGAUCAAACUUCAGAACGACCUGCAAUGCCAACGGUGAUGCUCUCCCGUUUACAGCACCUCAGUCUUUGGUUCAACUUCCCAUGCGACGUGGCUUUUCUUGACCAGCUCUGCAUUCCAUCGUCCACAAGCAUCGAUGCGACGAUCAAAAGUUUCUCGUCAUCGACAAUGGAGAGUAGUUUGGACGCCAUCAACUCGAUCGCAUCCAAGCUAAGUGGUAAUGGAGUAAUAGGAGCACCUCCCACUCUCAGAAGCGUGAAGUUUGAGGUGAACGACACUGGAGGUGUAACCUUUAUAGCGCAAAGUGAAGAUUGGACUGAUGGCGCUAUGCCCAAUUUUGACACUUUCCAAUUGCGCAUCGCUCUGGAUGGAGACAGAGUACAGUCACCUCCUAUGGAUAGACGGUGGGCCUUGUGGCAACAGUUGCCUUUAUCAGGGCUCAGAGCUGUUUCCCUGGGCGGUAGGAUUGAUGAUGAGCAUUGGCAGCAAUUGGUGGACUACCUAGGCUUUAUUGAGGUUCUACAACUUUGCGGCACCUUAACAUUCGCAUCAUUUGUCAAACCCUACUUCGACACGCCCACCGAACGUGCAUACAACUUUCCGCAGCUCCAUACGCUCUUUAUCACGACUCCAAUAUCCCCAGAAUGGAUGUCAAUAGAAGAGACCGACUUGGAUCGUUUGCAGAGCUACGUUGACGAAAUGUGUAGGGACAACAAACAUGGAUUGAGGAGGUUGGAAAUUCAUGGUUCAAUCAAGCUUUCUGAAUCCCGAAUAGCUACCUUUCGGGAUCUUGUUGGAGAGUUUAGAUACAGUCACUUGGAAAAUGUUUGAUCGCUUCCGGUCGCUGUUCCUAGCAAGAUCCAUUUCCUAUUUCCUGUGCUAUCUAUUCCUGUAUCUACAGAUUCAAAAAUCUGAGCUCUGAAAUUUACCGAAUCUUUGCCUUCAGUCGAUGGCUUCAGGCCCAUGAGACGAACACGCUCAUUUCAGUCUGAAAUCCUGACUGUAACAAUGUGCACAAGUCGAUCUAUUUCCAGUGGAUGCUUAAAAUCAAUGCCAUUUUUCG